GAUACAUUUCGGUGGUAUCAUUCGAAGUACCGUUUAAAAAAAAAACUUCGUUGCGUCGUACCGAAUUAGCAUUGAAAUUGUUUUUUGGUUGCGUGAAAUUUUCGUUUGUUGAGUGAUUUUAUGGUUUCAGACUGAGAAGGUUUUGCAAAAAUUACAACUAUGCUGUUGAAAUCCCUGUUAGUUCUGUCUCUAUUUUUCGAUCUACAAGAUGCAUUGGACGUCGUGAAUCAAUGGAGCUUUCUCGAUUUCGAUUUACCAUUUCAUUUUGAUUAUAGAGAUGUCAAACCAGAAAAUACCCUCUUCACAGGGUUAGAAGUAACUGAUAAACGUAUCUUCCUCGCCAUGCCUCGAUUGCGAGCCGGAGUACCCGCUACUUUAGCCACAAUCAGUAGAAACAACCCCAAAGGCUCUAGUCCAAUUCUGAAAGCGUACCCCGAUUGGUCGUUUCACGGCCCUGUCAGGGGAGACGUUAACUGCUCAAACCUCAUCUCUGUAUAUAGGAUGAGGUUAGAUUCGUGUAAUAAUUUGUGGGUUUUAGAUUCGGGUGUAAUGGAUUCUCUGGACGAAUUCACUAGAGUAUGUCAACCAAAGUUGGUGGUAUUUGAUUUAUUUUCGGAUCGGAUACUUCGCAUUAUAUACCUUCCGAAUGGCGUUUUGAGAUCCUCUUCUCUUUUAACGAAUCUCGUUAUAGAUGAAUCUAUUCAAGGUCAAUGCGAUUCUUCUUUCGUUUAUAUGACAGAUACUGCUGCCCCAGGUCUGGUAGUUUACGACGGGUUACGAGACACAGCGUGGCGAUUUACUCACCCUACGAUGUUUCCCGAUCCCAAUUUUUCUGAUUACAAUAUCAACGGUGAAAGUUUCACGUUAAUGGACGGGGUGGUAGGGAUAACACAUUCACCGAAACUGGCAACGGUGUAUUAUCAACCAUUAGCCACGGACAGAAUAUUUAGUGUUGCAACUUCAGCUUUAAUAAAAGGUCCUCCUGGAGAGUUCGAAAGAUUGCCAGUAUCGUUCGUGGGAAAGAAAUCUUCUCAAGGAUUGGGUUUAACUGUUAACCUUCUCGACGACACAAUUUAUUUCAGUCCUUUAACAGAAACUUCCGUAGCCUCCUGGAGCCCCAUUACAAAUGUCCAAAAGUUAUUAGCUUACGAUCCGGAGCAACUACAGUUCUGUUCCGAAUUGAGGUGGAAGAAUGACGGCUAUGUUUGGUUACUAAGCACAAAAUUCCAAAAAUUUUUCCUGAAAACUGUCUCUUCACACGAUAUCAACCUUCGUAUCAUCAGAAUACCAUACAGAAAUAAUCAAUUACAACGUGGAGCUUUUGGGUCAAGCGUUAUGCAGGGACAUACGAAUAUCGCGUACAAUUUGGAUUUGAUAACAUCGGAAGUUAUUUAUUAUAGCAGAUCAUUAGGCGGCAGAGGAUUCUUGUGCCUAAUACUGGGACUUUGUUUUCCAUCAUCAAACUCCCAUUUUCGACCAAGUAACAAAUUUUCAAUUAUCCACGAAUUUACACAUUUAGAAUUUGAUUAUCCUUCUAAACAAGACAGACAAUCCGAUAUAGAAUCUGGUGCGUUUAUACCUGGUAAAUUAGCACCUAUAGACACCGACGCCUAUUUCAAUCCAAAAACCAAAGAAAAAACGACGUUUAUCACAAUUCCUAGAUUUCAAGACGGCGUACCUGCUACAUUGGGUACCAUUGUUCGCAAUAGUAAUGGAUAUCCCAUCAUUAAACCGUAUCCUUCAUGGGAAUGGUACAAAAAUCCUCAGUCUUGUAACAAACUAAGGAUAGUUUCGGUUUACAGGAUCAUGAUUGAUUCAUGUGAUCGAUUAUGGGUAAUGGAUGGUGCACAGAUUGGAGAAAAAGUGGCGUGCCCACCACAAAUAAUGGCUUUCGAUUUGAAAACGAACACGUUAAUAAGUAAAUUUGAACUACCUGCAAAUCAAUGGACCGAAAACUCGACAUUUGUAACUCCAAUUGUUGACAUUGUGAAUCGUAAAAAUAGAUGCGAAAACACUUUUGUUUAUAUGGCCGAUUGUACUGGUUAUUCAAUAGUCGUAUACGAUCACAAAAAAAGAAAUUCUUGGAUUGUCAAAGACGAAACAAUGAUCUGGAAUCCAAACUUUCAAACGUACUCCAUAGCAGGUCAAUCGUUUCAAUUACAGGAUGGAAUAUUAGGUUUAGCUUUAGCUCCAAGUGUUCCCGUAUACGGAAAACGUUUAUUCUAUCACGCCAUGUCGAGUGAAACCGAGCAUUGGGUCAAAACAUCCGAUCUACAAAAUGAGCAGCUUUUUACCAGUGGACGAAAUUCGUAUUCCCGUAUUUUUUACACUUAUAAAGGUACACGCCAUACGCAAAGCGCAGCCGAAGCUAUAGAUAAAGAUGGAGUUUUAUAUUUUGGUUUAAUGUCGAAUAUAUCAGUGGGUUGUUUUGAUACAGAUGGUGAGUACGGUAUACCUGGAGAUUAUUCGGAUGUUAUAGCCCACAACGAAAAUACUCUACAGUUUAUCAGCGGUAUGAAGGUUAUAACCGAUUUAUCUGGAGAGCAAUACGUACAACUGCUAUCUUCCAGAUUUCAAAAAGUCGCUACAGAUACUAUUAAUCCCCGAGAAAUAAAUUAUAGGAUACAAAUAGCGAGUGUUAAGAAUUUGAGGUUAGGUACUAGAUGCAAACCGUCGCAACGCCCUGGACCACCGGUGACUCAUGAACCUAGUUAUAGCACUCCUACUUCCAAUAGUUAUAAUAAUGGAGGACCAGUUGUUUUUCCUUCGAAUGAUUAAUAAAUAUACUUUUCAAAUUCAACAAUUUGUUAUUACAAAAAUUAGAUUAUUAAAGUAAUCGAGUUUAUUUGAAAAAA